AGAGAACUCAAAUCACAGUGCGUCAUAAGUUGACUUUGUUUCCUGUACGGCAGAAAUAUCUACUAUGACGACUCCGACAAUUCACUGUCUUAUACUUAUGUGGCUUAUGAUGUUUUGGAAAAUGGCGUGUUGUUCAAAUGACCCAGAAACCGGGAUUCCUGUUGUUUUCAAACGUCAGGUAGAAGAUAUUUCAGAAACUGGUACAGAAUCCAUUGGCUUAGGUGGUAUUUCGAACCAAACUGUCGCAUUCCCUUCUUUUCAGCCCACCAAAAAUAAUCAAAUCAACUCAAGUUUAGACGAAGAUUUCGUAAGCAAAAUGGCGUCAACUACGGAAGGUGUCGAGGUAUCACAGUCUUUGGUUGAUCAUGAUAGUAGUACAACUGAGCUACUUUCAUCGAGCAAUUAUGAGGAUUCAACAUUUGUUCCAAAUAUGACCACGGCCAUCAACCAAUCAGACGCCUUAACUAGCACAACCACUGUCACCGACCAAUCAGAUGUCUUCUCUAGCAUAACUAUUAUCACCAACCAACCAGAUGCUAUAUCGACGUUUAGUUCAAGUCUGAAUGGUAACGUUAGUACAGAACAAAAAGAAAACUCGACAACUUUGUCACCAGGAGGAGCAAAAUAUCCAAAAACUCAGUGCGUCUUGGAAGAAGGACUGGAGUGUAUAGAGCAGAUAGUUUGCUAUGGUGAAGGGAACAUCAACUGUGAUCAGGAAGAACGGGAACAAG